UUCUGGGAGUUGAAGUCCAAUGCUUUUUAAGAGUAAGAGACCGCCUUUCUCUGAUUGGUGGUUCGCCCUAAGGCUCUUGCACGUCUUAUCCAAUAGCGUCACUCACUCUUUCUCGUGGCUGAGAGGAAACGGAGGCUGUUUAGCUGCUCGGCCGCAAUGUUUCGCUCCAAGCCUUGGAGGCUCUGUAAAGGAAUGCGGGCGCCUUUCAGUACGCGGGCCUGGUACCAGAUGCUGCUGAAGCAACGAAGUUUGGAGAAACCAGCGGGAGGCCAUUCCAGUGCAAAAAGUAUCUUGGGACCUGGAAAACCUCUGAGUUGUGAAGAACUGCUGAAACUGCUGGAAGAAUCACUGGUGCACAGAGAUGAUGUACUUGUGGCCAUCAACAAACCGCCUGGCCUGCCUGUGGAUGGUAGGCCAGAGGAAGUGACUUUACUCUCUCUUCUGCCAUAUCUAAGCCAAAAGCUGGGGCUCCCUCAGAAUCUCCAAGUGAUCAAAGCUGCAGGAAAGGAGAGUUCUGGGCUUGUUCUGCUUUCCGGUUGUGUAAAUACUGUCCGCCGUGUUCAGGACUUCUAUAUUCGGUCUCAGAGAGCAAAACGUCCGACUGCUACCUAUUGUGCCAUCACUACCAGAAUCCCCGAAGCCUCAGAGGGGGAGAUCUCUAUAGGCCUCAAGCAGAUGCAGGUUGAAGAUUUUGAUUUGGUGGUGCCAGUGACUUCUCCAACCCGCGGAAGCAUUCAAAGGCGGGAGGUAAAAAAGACCCUGACGCGUUACAAGGUCCUGGACUCCCGAGAAAGCUGUGCCUUGCUGCAACUUCAGCCUCUGACAGCCUUUCCCAGCCAGCUUCUGGUGCACUCGACCCUGAUCCUGAGCCCUAUAUUAGGGGACCAUGUGUAUUCCUCUCGUGUGGGGACCGUCCUGGGGGAGCCCUUCCUCUUGUCUCCUGAGAGCUCUCUGCCACGGGUACAGGUCCUAGAUGACUCCCUGCUGAAGAAGCUCCACCUGCAGCAGCAACAUGUGCAUCGCUUGCCUCUCCACCUUCACCUCCACCAGCUCCUCCACCCUUCCCCUUCCGCUGGUGCCUUUUCAUCAUGUGCGGCGUUCACGGCUCCCUUUCCAGCUUUUUUCCUGAGGACACUUUCUCUUCUGGGACUAACCUUGCCACAGGGGAAGAACAAGGAGCAGGAGAAGUCACUGAAGGCAUUUUCGCCAGCCCAGUAGACACUGUUUCAUGCCAAUCUGACUCCGUCUUUUGGGCCAAGGGAGAAGGAGAAAACACCAUCUUGGCUCCUGCUGGCAAAGCGCUCAUGCAACUGACAGAGAAAAGAACACUGGGGAAUUUCCAUGCAGAAACUUCCUUCAUAGCUUUGGUUUAACUUAGCAAAAGAAGCUUUAUUCAAGACUCUCCUGUGUUCUUUAUUUUUGUCCUUUUGUAAAGUACAAAGAAAGACAACACCAGAAGGCUUGGCUUUGGGUUAUUUCUCUUUCAUAGAAUUCUACAGUUGGAAGAGAACUCAUGGGCCAUCCAGUCCAACCCCCUGCCAAGAAGCAGGAAAAUUGCAUUCAAAGCACCCCCAACAGAUGGCCAUCCAGCCUCUGUUUAAAAGUUUCCAAAAAAGAAGCCUCCACCACACUCCGGGGCUGAGAGUUCCACUGCUGAACGGCUCUCACAGUCAGGAAGUUCUUCCUAAAGUUCAGAUGGAAUCUCCUUUCUUGUAGUUUGAAGCCAUUGUUCUGCGUUCUAGUCUCCAGGGCUCACUUCCUCUCACGUAUUUAUACAUGGCUAUCAUGUCUCCUCUCAGCCUUCUCUUCUUCAGGCUAAAUAUGUCCAGCCCCUUAAGCCGCUCCUCAUCGGGCUUGUUCUCCAAACCCUUGAUCAUUUUAGUCACCGUCCACUGGACACUUGCCAGCUUGUCAAUAUCUCUCUUCAGUUGUGGUGCCCAGAAUUGGACACAAUAUUCCAGGUGUGGUCUAACCAAGGCAGAAUAUAGGGGAGCCUGACUUCCCUGGAUCUAGAUACUAGACUCCUAUUGAUGCAGGCCAAAAUCCCAUUGGCUUUUUUGCCGCUGCAUCACAUUGUUGGCUCAUGUUCACCUUCCUGUCCACGAGGACUCCAAGUUCUUUUUCACACGUCCUGCUGUCAGGCCAGGCAUCCCACAUUCUGUAUCUUUGCAUUUCAUUUUUUCUGCCUAAGUGAAGGAUCUCGCGUUUGUCACUGUUGAACUCCAUUUUGUUAGUUUUGGCCCAUCUCUAUAAUCUGUUAAGAGAGGAGUCAUCUCUAUUGUGUGUGAAUAUGAUGGUGCCAUGGCUAUAUGAGUCUGUAACUGAAUUAAGGAGCUGGUUCUUGGAGGUUUGCCUCACCAAUUAAAAAGUGGGAUUUAUGCCUUCCCUGAG